AUGGCUGUCAUGAUGCGACGCAUGGGCUCCGCCAUGUCCCCGAAGCUGGGCGUGACUUUCAGAGCUACCAGCUUGCCUCGGCAUUUCUCCUCAUUGCAGAGCAAGGUGGACGAUUUUUGCAAGCACGUGGAGCUGCACCUUCCCAAGGACGGAAAGAAGGUGGUGUUCGCAACGGCCUGGCUUGCCACUGACAACGUGUUCGUCGCCCUCAUGCGGAAGCACUUCCCUGAGAUUUUGACAGGCAUGAACCUCGUUGCUAUUGACACCCUGCACCUCUUCCCCACCACCCUGGAGUGUGCCAGGCUGGUGGAAGAAAAGUAUGCCAAGCAGGCCAUGUGGAAGCUGCCCAAGGGAAUCACCACCAAGGACGAGUUCAUUGCCAAGUAUGGGGACUGUGAGGAGCUGGAUUCCGCCGACUUCGACUUUGUGAGCAAGGUGGAGCCUUUCCAGCGUGCCUUGGAGGAGUGCGAGAAGGACAUCCUGAUCACAGGAAGACGGAUGGAUCAGGCUGCGCAGCGCAUCAAGCUGGAUGUCUGGGAGGAUCAGAAGCGCACCUUGAACCCCAUGGCCAACUUCAGCUGGCAGGACAUCAUUGACUAUGUGGACAAGGAGGGUGUGCCAGUGAAUGCUGGCCACAACUGGGCCUUCCGAUGCGAUGCACCCAUCGAGGCAACCAGCCGCCAUCUCCCAGACCUUCCAUGGACCAAGGUCGACCUGGGAAAGCCUUUCUGGCGCUGCACGGAUGCGGAGAUCAAGGGCAGCCCGCCUGCAGCUGUCACCUACGUCUUCAAGUCCUUCGGCGACAUGCACACCACCGUGCCUGUGGAGCCCCACGAGUCCGAGCGUGCCGGCCGCUUUGUCCGCCAGGCCAAGACGGAGUGCGGCAUCCACACCCGAACUACCUUUGCAGGCGCACCGCAUGGUGGAUCCCUGGUGGACCUGAUGGUAAAGGAUCCUGCUGACAUCAAAAGCCUCACGGCCAGUGCUGUGAAGAGCAUUGAGCUCAACGAGCGCCAGGCCUGCGAUGUCUUCUGCCUGCUCAGUGGCGCCUUCAGCCCCCUGACCGGCUUCAUGGAGGAGAACGCCUACAACUCAGUCGUGAAGGAUAUGCGCCUGCCAGAGAAGCAGCUCUUUGGCCUGCCUGUGACCUUCGACCUCCCCGAAGUUGAUUUCAAGAAAGGAGACAAGUUGCUGCUGAAGUGGAAGGGAGCGGACGUUGCGGUGCUUGAGGCGUCCUCCAUCUGGAAGCCCAACAAGGUGGUGGAAGCCAAGGAGUGCUACGGCACCAGCAGUUUGGAGCACCCCACGGUGGCAUCUUUGGUUCAGGAGAUUGGGAAGUACUACAUCGGUGGCAGGAUCCAUGGAUUUGAGCUGCCCAAGUUCGGCUACACCACGCAGACUCCCGCAGAGGUGCGAGCCACGCUGCCAGAGAACAAGCAGGUGGUCGCCUUUCAGAACCGAAACCCCAUCCACCGUGCGCACUUCGAGCUCCUGAUUUGCGCGCAGAAGGACGUGAAGGAUUCCGUGCUCCUGGUGCACCCUACCUGUGGCCCGACUCAGCCAGGUGACAUUGAUGGCCUGGUGCGCAUCCAGACCUAUGAGGCGCUGAAGACGGAGACCGAGAAGGAGUACCCCAUGUUCAGGUGGGCCUACCUGCCUUACAGCAUGAAGAUGGCAGGCCCUCGCGAGGCUAUCCAGCACAUGAUCAUCCGGAAGAACUAUGGUGCCACCCACUUCAUCAUCGGACGCGACAUGGCCGGCACCAAGAGCACCAUUGACGGAGAGGACUUCUACGGACCCUACGACGCACAGGAGACAGGCAAGAAGUACUCUGCGGAGCUCGGCGUGACUGUGACUCACUAUGAGAACAUGGUCUAUGUUGGCCCAGAGGAGGGCUAUGUGCAGGAGAGCAUUGCCAAGAGCAAAGGCUACAAGGUGGUGAAGCUCUCUGGCACGGAGUUCCGCAGGCGUCUCCGCGCCGGUGAGGACAUCCCCGAGUGGUUCGCCUUCAAGUCUGUGGUGGAUAUCCUCCGCAAGGCUGGUGACAGCGCCUUCUGUGCCUAA